CACCACGCGAUCCCCGUGCCCCACACGUAAAAACCACAGCAGAAGUGGCCAAAACGCUGGGCCGCAGGUGGCACCACUCGCGGAGCGCAGCGCUGACGUCCCACCGGCUCUUGGCUCAGUAGGGUGCACCCACCGAGUCCGAAACCGAUGGAAGCCGCGGCCGUGGCGUGCCGCGGCGGGCUGCUUGCGCGGGCCCGGCCAGGCAGCAGGGCGCGCGUGAGGCCGUGGGAGCACGGCGUAGGCGUCGGCUCCACGCCGUCCGCCGCUCGAGGAAGGCUGCUCGUCGCGUCCGUCGGAGUCGGGGAGCCACUCCCGGCGGACUCGCUGGCUGAGAGGGCCGUGGCGCUGGAGGUGGAUGAGGCUGAGGACGUUGCUUCUGCCGAAACCCUGCCACCCCCUGACGUUCCUGCCAAGACAGUGCGAGUCAAGUUCGUGCUGCAGAAGCAGUGCGCGUUUGGCCAGCAGUUCCUAGUCGUCGGCGACGACCCGUCGCUUGGCCUCUGGGACCCGACCAAGGCAACUGCCCUGGAUUGGUCGGAAGGCCACGUCUGGACGGUGAAGACGGAUUUACCAGCAAACAAGUUGUUCGAGUUCAAGUUCUUGCUGCGAAAUGCCUCCGGACACGUCCGUUGGCAGCACGGCGCUAACAGAACCCUGCAAACAAUUGAAACCCCGAAUACGUUGGUUGUCCACGAAGAUUGGGAUCACGCCAAGAAUCAGAAAGUAUCAGAACAGGCAGAGUUGUCGAGUGGGCCGGAAGAUGUGAUCUUUUCAGAUGAUCUUGCAGGAAGCAACGGCGCAGUGCUGGCAGAUACGGUCCAAACGGACGAGACUCUGAAGACCAAUGAGUCAGCUGUAGUAGCAGAUGCUUCGCUGCACCGGAUGAUGAUGGGGGCGAAUGAAGCGAACCAGCAGCAGUUGAUCUUGGGAAAAGACCAGAAGAUUCUGGACGAGCUCCGCGGGGAAGCAAACAUGGUACCACAAAAUGGCAACCCGUCUGCUGGUGAUAAUGCUGGAAGGAACGACGACGAUACUGCCUUGUGUCAGGAAGGUGAUCUACAAGCGAAUAAGGCGAACAGUAUAUUUGAGAAUGACUUGGCCUGGGCCGGGAAAGCCCUGCAGCAGCUGCUCCGGAUCCUUGGUUUCCAGAUCGGCACAACAAGAACAUGAAAUUAGCAUCAGGUAUCGGUGUGCAUGUGUUGCAGACUUGCAGCUCUGGAGGAUCAGCUGUGGCCUGUCUUCACCAACUCCCAUUUUUCUUGCUGCAAGGAGCGAGAGCAUCGAGGAUUGUAGUAGGGGGAAAAAAAAUGCAAUUGCAGCAGCAAGAGCAGCUCUUUUCGCUGUACUUCUCCGAGAAAAGUUGUUAGAACUGUUCGCGUAAAAAAUGUUAGUACUGCAAGUAUGUUCAGUUUAGAAACAGUUACUGAUGAGAUACCAUCAGUUUCUUUUCUGCUUUUUUAGAGGCAGACUCCACCAUGAUAAAGUAGAAUCUGUGCAGGCAA